AUCAACAAUUCAUUUAAUAUAUCGAAAAAUGUAUCAAAAUAUUUGUAAAAUCGGUUUAGUUUUAUGUGCUAUAAAAGUUGUAAUGAGCUUCAGUACUCACGGUGCAUAUUCGAAUAAACAAGAAGAUUUUCCCGAUUAUAUAAAUAUGAGGCCAUUUGUUAAAGUAGGCAAAAAAUAUUAUUAUUUUGGACAAUCUAAGGUUUCUUGGUACAGUGCUUACACGAUUUGUCGAACUAUGGGUGGUCUAUUGGCCUCUUAUGAAACUAGAAAGGAAAUGGGAGAACUAUCUAAAUAUAUGAUAUCAAAAUAUUCCAAAAAUUUCAAUGCUUGGUUGGCCGCCUCUGAUCAAGAUACCGAAGGUCAGUGGAUUUGGUAUAAUACUGGUGAAACUAUUACUUAUGCUGAAUGGGCCCAAGGUCAACCGGACAAUUGGAAUGGUAAUGAGAAUUGUGCACAUUUAAUGAGUAUAAAUGGAAAGUAUCAGAUGAAUGACGUACAUUGUGGUUUGCGUUUUUAUUAUAUUUGUGAAGCAGAUAAACCUAAAAUGGCAUCUAUUGGUAUAUAUUAGAUCCUUUUUAAAAUAAAAAUUUUAUUGGACAAUUGCUACACAUUUGGCAAAUAACUCAUUCAAAUCUGCAAUUCUUUUUAACAAUAUAACUAUUAACUGGUUUUAUAAAGUAAAUGAAAUGUUA